AUAACCACUUCCAAGGCUUUCGCCUACAUAAACAAGGAUCCGCCUUUCCUAUUUUUCUUCAGCUUCUUUCUUACAUACCUGUGUUUCAACACUCGGAUUAUCUCUCCGGCAACGUCUUCCUGGUGGUGGAAGUGGUGAACACUGAAGGCCAAGUAACAAGUUAGCAAAAUGGGACCUGGUGGACCGGGAGGAGGGCCGGGAGGACCUGGUGGACCGGGAGGAUGGGGAGGAGGACCUGGUGGUUGGGGUCCUGGCCCCGGAGGACCUGGCGGAUUUGGGCCUGGAGGUCCUGGUUGGGGUCCGGGACCUGGAGGUCCUGGUUGGGGUCCGGGACCUGGAGGUCCCUGGGGCCCUGGAUUUGGAGGUCCUGGUUUUUGGCCUGGUGGGUUCUUUGGCGGCUUUGCAGAUGGUUUGUGCAAUAUGAUAUCUUCCUGCUUCUACUGUCUUUGCUGUUGUUGGCUACUACAAGACUGCUUUGGUCGACGCCCUGGCUAUGGUCCUCCCCCUUUCUAAUCAUCUGCUGGCUGCUGUUGCUAUACAUGUGUUUUCUGUAGUGCCUUGUAAUAAAUUUAAUAAUCUAGUUUUAAGCUUUUUUUCGUUGCUCUUGCUUCCGCCACUAUUUUCAUCUAUGACCAUCCAAACUUUUAUCAAAAGUAAUAAAUGUGACUGAUUUCCAUUAGGGAAGGUCAUUUUCUUUUUCUAGAAAA